GCCUGGCCGGGGGACCUGCACAGGGAUGCGGGACCCGGGUCGGGCCGCCCUGGGCCUCGGGGUGCCCCGGCCACCUGGAGAGCCCGCUGCGGGGCUCUAGCCCGCUGGAACUCCGCACCAGCGGUCACUUUUCCGGCAGCCUAGGCGGACUUGGCCGAUGACUACCCUCCCCGCCCCCGGCCCAUAGGGACGUCUGCUGCUGAGGGGGACUACAGCUAAGCGCCCCAUUCUGCCGCUGACCACCCCUCUGGGGCUCGGGCUGUCCUUUAACGAACUUAAGAGAGCUCCCAGGCACAAUACACAAAGAGACAGGACAGCUGGGAGCAGAACCACAGCUGGAGAAGCAGGCAAGGGGGCUGUCUGUGCGCGGACAGUGGUGCUGGCGUCCCCGGGGUCCCUGCUGGGGCGGUGAUGGACUGACUGCUUGCUCUUCAGUGUUCUUGGCACACAUGUUUUUCAGCCUGUGCCUGCCACACCCUCUUCCCCAUGCCCGCUGCUGGGGGACACUGAGGGCAGCUGGAUUCAACCCCAAGACCUGCGGUUCUGGCUUCUUUCAUUGAAAUGAAGAAAUGGAGGCCCAGAGAGGUUAAUAGCCUGCCUGGGGUCCCCCAGCCCGGAUGCUGCAGAACUGACAUUUGGAUCCAGAGGAGAGCGAGCUGAAGCUGGAGCUGAGCAGAGGGCAGGGAGGCCCCGGGCUUCCCUCCAGGCCUCUCGAUUGCCGCCAUGAAGCUGAACGAGCGCAGCCUGGCUUUCUACGCCACCUGCGACGCCCCGGUGGACAACGCGGGCUUCCUGUACAAGAAGGGCGGGCGGCACGCGGCCUACCACCGGCGCUGGUUCGUGCUGCGCGGGAACAUGCUCUUCUACUUCGAGGACGCGGCCAGCCGCGAGCCCGUGGGCGUCAUCAUCCUGGAGGGCUGCACCGUGGAGCUGGUGGAGGCCGCUGAGGAGUUCGCCUUUGCUGUGCGCUUCGCGGGGACCCGGGCACGCACCUACGUGCUGGCGGCUGAGAGCCAGGCUGCCAUGGAGGGCUGGGUCAAGGCCCUGUCGCGGGCCAGCUUCGACUACCUGCGGCUGGUGGUGCGCGAGCUGGAGCAGCAGCUGGCGGCCGUGCGCAGCGGUGCGGGUGGCCCGGCCCUGCCCCUGCCCCAGUCCCUGCCCCAGCCCCUGUCCCCGACCCCGGCCCUGCCCUCCACCCCGGCCCUGGCCCCUCCCCUGCCUCGCUGGCCCAGCGCCCUCCAGCCCAAGGAAAAUGGCUGCGCUGUCUGGAGCACCGAGGCCACCUUCAGGCCUGGCUCCGAGCCCCCUCCACCGCCGCCUCGCCGCAGGGCCUCUGCACCCCAUGGGCCUCUGGACUUGGCCCCUUUCGCCCGGCUGCACGAGUGCUAUGGCCAGGAGAUCCGGGCCCUGCGUGGCCAGUGGCUCAGCAGCCGGGUCCAGCCCUGAGGCCACCAGGGCGCCUGUUUUAGGGGGCGCAAGCCCCACGCCCUCUGGGACAGGCCGGGUCCUGGAGAGACUGGGGAGCGUGGUCCUCAGGGAAACUGUGGGCAAGGCUGGCCCCCAGGCCCUGAGUGGCCUGGUUUGGGGGAUGCAGGCUCUGAGAAGA